AUGUGUAAAAAGAUAUCGAAAGUGGGGAAAACCAUGGGCGGCUCUAGUGCGGUAAACUACAUGGUGUAUAUGAGAGGCAACAAAGCUGACUACGACGGGUGGGCCGCCGCUGGCAACCCCGGCUGGAGCUAUCGGGAGGUGCUGCCAUAUUUCAAGAAAGCGGAGAACAAUCAGGAUGUCGAAUCACAUAAUACAUACUACCAUUCUGUCGGCGGUCCGCUUAAUGUAGAACGAUACCCAUAUAUAGAUAACAAUGCUUUAAUGAUAGUGCAGGCAUUCAGGGAAAGAGGUUUACCAGUCACAGAUUUUAAUGGAGCAAAUCAAUUAGGAACAGAUGUAGCUCAAUCAACGUCACUCCACGAAUCAACAGAAAAUCCGAUGGAGUCAAAGUUUUUGAAUUUUAAUGCAAUUUCACGUCCUCCUAUAAAUCCUGUGAAAACUUGCACUCCUAAUGUGGUUGGCGUAAAAGUGACAGCAGGGAAAGGAAAAAAAAAGAUAAGGAGGAAAAGACCACAACUGAUAUUGGUACCAGAAGACCCACCAUCACCACCGGGAGAAUAUGACUUUAUCAUAGUUGGAGCUGGAUCAGCAGGAUGCGUGCUGGCAAACCGCUUGUCGGAAGUUAAAAAUUGGAAAAUCCUUCUUCUAGAAGCGGGCCCCGAAGAACCAGAUGUUACUAGCGUCCCAGCGCUUCCAUCAGUUCUGAAAUCUUCCAGCAUCGAUUGGGGCUACAGUACGCAACCAGAUGAGUUUACAUGUCGCGGGCUGAAGGGACACAGAUGCUUCUGGACUAGAGGGAAAACCAUGGGUGGCUCUAGCGCGGUAAACUACAUGGUGUACAUGAGGGGCAACAAAGCUGACUACGACGGCUGGGCCGCCGCUGGCAACCCUGGCUGGAGCUAUCGGGAGGUGCUGCCGUAUUUCAAAAAAGCAGAGAACAAUAGAAACCUUGAAUCUUACGACAAAAAGUAUCAUUCCGAAGGUGGCCCCUUAAAUGUCGAAAGGUAUCCUUACACAGACGAGAACGUUUUAAUGUUAGUUCAGGCAUUUCAAGAAACGGGCCUGAAAGUAACGGAUUUCAACGGAGAAAACCAACUUGGAACAGAUGUAGCUCAGUCAACUUCAAUGAAUGGGCAAAGAUUUUCCGCGAAUGCAGCUUAUAUCAGACCAAUACGCCGUAUUAGGUCAAAUUUGAAAAUAGUUACAAAAGCGUAUGUAACUAAAAUUAUUAUAGAUCCAGUUACUAAAACUGCUGUUGGUGUAGAAUACGUCAAAGAAGGAGCAGUGAUAACUGCAUAUGCCUCUAAAGAAGUAAUAUCAAGUGCAGGUGCUAUAAAUUCUCCUAAGUUACUGAUGCUAUCUGGAGUGGGACCUGUAGAAUUUUUAGCGAAACAUAAUAUACCAGUUAUAUCAAACCUUUCAGUUGGCCAUAAUCUACAAGACCAUGUCACAACUCAUGGGUUGGUUGUCGCUCUUAGCAAUAAAAGUGCAACUGCAGUUAAUGGCUCACAAUUACUGAAUAACAUUCAUGAUUAUUAUAAACAACCACCUCACAAGAACGGUUCUUUGGCAUCUUCGGGUACUCUAAGCGCAGUCGCUUUUAUUAAGACAAAUUUGUCGAAACAAGAUUUGCCAGAUAUUCAGUUUCAUUUUGAUGGAAGGAACAUUGAAGAAUUAUACGCUGACCCUCCGUCAUCCAUAGCAAGCAACAUUUUUCCAUUGACUUAUUAUACUGGAUUAUCAGUCAAGCCUUUGUUAUUAGUUCCUAAAAGUAAAGGAUACAUAAAGCUUAAUCACACUGAUCCCGUUUUUGGGCCUCCACUAAUAUAUCCUAGAUUCUUUACUGAACGAGAAGACUUAGAAGUUUUGAUAUCUGGGAUGAAAUACGCUACCACCCUAGAAGAUACCCCAGCGUUUAUAGAUAAUGGUGCUUAUUUUAUAAAAGUGCCUAUAAAAGGAUGUGAAAGCUUUAAUUGGGGGACAGACGAAUAUUUUUCUUGUUUAUUAACACAAUAUACGACUACUAUAUUCCACCCGGCUGGCACUUGUAAAAUGGGCCCCAGUUCGGAUACCGAAGCUGUAGUUGAUGCUAAGCUAAAAGUGUAUGGCAUUAAGAAGUUAAGGGUGGUAGAUAGUUCAAUUAUGCCGCAAAUUGUUAGAGGGAACUUGAAUGCCCCCACUAUAAUGAUUGCUGAAAAAGCCGCGGAUUUAAUCAAGGAAGAACGUUGUUAAAAGUACAAAAUGUCCAAAGACGACUAUAAUAAAGUUGUCGACUGACAAGGCUAGUCAUAUUUUAGUGCAAUUUGGGGAAGUAGUUCUAAAAUCGGUUUCCAGUAUACUUUCUAGUCCAGAUAUCUAACAUAAAUCACAGUCUUGCGAAUGGCUGCCAGCUGGUUUAGUGGACAACAAGAACACAUACCUGACCUGACAGGAAGUG